AUGGAAGGUGUUCGAUCUUUUUUGCUACUUCGAAAAUUCUUGACGAGUGAUAAUGUGCUCAAAAACAUAAUUGUAAACCAAAAUGCUUCUAAAGAGCGUAUCGCUGAUCGUGUGUCCAUUUACAGGAAUUUAUGUUCACAAAAAAGGUUAUCAACUGCAGUGCUAAAUAAAAUCAGCAGCAAAACUACAAGAAGUUUUAGUGAUGGUAAAACUAUAAUGCUAUCCUCAAGUUCAAAAACUCAAUCAGUUGCAGAUAAACCUAAAUAUACAAAUGGUUUAAUCAAUGAAAAAUCGCCCUACCUACUUCAACAUGCUCACAAUCCUGUGCAAUGGUAUCCUUGGGGUCCAGAAGCUAUAGAAAAGGCAAAGGUGCAAAAGAAAUUGAUAUUCUUAUCAGUAGGCUAUUCUACAUGUCACUGGUGUCAUGUUAUGGAAAAAGAGUCCUUUGAGAAUGAAAAUGUUGCAAAAAUUAUGAAUGAUCAUUAUAUUAACAUCAAAGUUGACAGAGAAGAGAGACCUGAUAUUGAUCUUGUUUAUUUGUCUUUUGUCAUGGCAUCCACAGGAAAUGAAAGCUGGCCAAUGUCUGUCUUUUUAACUCCAGAUCUUCAACCGGUCUCUGGAGGUACCUAUUUCCCUCCAGAAGAUCGCUGGGGGCAUCUCGGUUUCAAAACAGCCCUUCUUACUUUAGCUAAGAAAUGGAAAGAAAAUCCACAACAGUGUCUUGAGGUCGGUCAACAUGUAAUUAUCGCAUUACAACAAUUAUCUGUUGAUGACAAUCUAUCUACGGUAGUCUUAGGAGAGGGUAUUUGGGACAAAUGUGUUCAAAAAUAUAUGUUGUUAUAUGAAACAGAGUUUGGUGGAUUUGGAAUGGCUCCUAAAUUUCCACACGCAUCAAUUUUAAAUUUCCAUUUCCAUUACUAUGCUAGAGAUAAAUCAAACCCUGAUGGAAAAAAAUGUCUAGAAAUGUGUUUGUACACUUUGACUAAGAUCGCUAAAGGAGCUGUUCAUGACCAUGUAUGCAGUGGAUUUGCACGUUAUUCAGAUGGCAAUGAUUGGCAUGUUCAUCACUUUGAAAAGAUGUUGUAUGAUCAAGCUCAGUUGGUAGUUGCCUACACUGAUGCCUUCCUGGCAACUAAGGAUGAAUUUUACGCUGAUAUAGUUUAUGACAUAAUCAAAUAUGUCAACAGAGAUCUGAGACAUGAAUCUGGUGGAUAUUUCAGUGCUGAAGAUUCAGACUCGUUUCCCACUUUUGAAACUACUUAUAAAAAAGAAGGUGCCUUUUGUCUAUGGGAAUAUAAUGAACUAAAAGAACUACUAAAUGAUAAAAAGAUAAAUGAUAUAUCUUACUUGGAAAUUUUUUGUGAAUAUUUUUCUAUUAAUGAAGAAGGAAAUAUAUCUCCGAUUACUGACCUGCGCGGAGAACUAGUACACAAAAAUGCCUUAAUUAUUUAUGACAGUAAAGAGGAAAUUAUCCAAAAAUUUAAUUUAAGCACUGAAGAAUUUAACCAAGUCAUCAAAGACUGUAUUAAAAUUGUAUAUGAUGCACGAAAAAAUCGUCCCCGGCCAGACUUAGACACAAAAAUUUUGUGUUCUUGGAAUGGGCUAAUGCUAUCUGCAUUGGCACAAGCUGGACAAGGUUUGGGAGAGAAUAGUUUUGUUGAUGAUGCCAUUAAGACUGCCUAUUUUAUAAAAAAAUACCUAUACGAUGUAACCACGACCACUUUACUGCACUCCUGUUACAGAGAUGACAAUGGGGACAUCUUAAAAAUGAAAAAUCCAAUAAAAGCUUUUUUGGAUGAUUACGCUUUUCUUAUCAAAGGACUUCUCGAUUUGUACGAAGCAUCGUUUGAUCGGCGUUGGUUGAAUUGGGCCCGUGAAUUACAAUUGAAGCAAAAUGACAUGUUCUGGGAUUCAAAAGAUGGUGGUUACUUUACGUGUUCAGCCGAAGAUAAAACUAUAGUGUUGAGACUUAAAGAAGAUCACGAUGGUGCAGAACCGUCGGGUAAUAGUGUUUCGUGCCACAACCUGCUUCGGCUCGCGGCCCACGCCGACAAGAGUGAUGAAGAAAAUGGCGGUGAGAAGAAAAGAGAUAUGGCUAAAAAGAUACUUGUGGCUUUUGCAAAACGUCUCAACGACUCGCCCACUGCCCUCCCGGAAAUGAUGUCCGCAUUGAUGUUUUACAAUGAUUCUCCCACAAAGGUGCUGAUCUCGGGGGGCCGCUCGGACCCGCGCACGCUGGAGAUGGUGCGCGCGGUGCGGACGCGGCUGCUGCCGGGCCGCGUGCUGUGCGUGGCCGACCCCGCCGACACGCCCGCCGGUAUGUCCGACAUACUGUUGCACCAUGUGAAGCCUGCGAAUGUAGGGCCGCGCGCGCACGUGUGCCGACGCUACGCGUGUUCGCUUCCCCUCACAGACGUCAAACAACUCGAGAACUUGCUAGACGAAACACCCGCUGCUGUCGCCAAGAAAUAGCGCAUAUAUUGGUUUUGUUGUCAAAAGCUUAAUACCGUAGAUUGGGGGGAAUCGGGACCCUUUCCAAAUCCAACACAAAUUUUCAAUGGUUUACCAAUAAAAUUGAGUUUAAAAUGUUU